ACAUGGGAGGCGAACCCGCUCGCGCUAGAGCCGCUCAGAAGCAGCAGAAACGCUAAGCGGGACGGCGGGAGUGCGCGCGCGGCUUUAACACGCACCGCUCGCUGCUGCUCGACCUUCCGUGUGUCUGUUUUUUAUUUAUUAUUAUUAUUAUUAUUAUUAAUAAUUUCUGGAGACUUCUUUCUUUUUUUCGGUUGCUCGUUUAUUGUCGUUUUUAUUGCUUUGCACUUUCGGUUAAAUUUCCCUGCUCUGUACUUCCCGGAGGAUUAAACCGUGUUGCUCGCGCGCAGCGAUGGAGAAAAUGUCGCGGCCCGUCAACUCCGCUUUCCUGCCUCCGACCCACGGAGUGCUUAAAUCCCUCCUGGAGAACCCCAUGAAGCUGCCCUUCCACCACGACGAGGGUUUUGGUAAAGAGAAAGAGAAAGAGAAGAAGCUGGAGGAAGAUGGAACCGGAGCCAAUGCACCUCAGUCUGCGUUUCUCGGCCCGACGCUGUGGGACAAAACACUGCCAUACGACGGAGACAACUUCCAGCUGGAGUACAUGGACCUGGAGGAGUUCCUGUCUGAAAACGGCAUUCCCGCCAACCCACAGAGCGAGCAGAACCAGAUUACCCAGCAGACCCUGCAGCAGAGCCCUACCAUGCCCUCACCACCAUCUGUGGUGGACCUCAGUAACCGGGCCAGCACCUCAGUACACGCCGACAUGGUGACACAGAGCUGCCUACCGAGCCCCAGCCGAGCAGUCUUGCCGUCGAGCCGCAAUACCCCGAGUCCAAUCGACCCUGAGUCCAUCCAGGUUCCGGUGAGUUACGAGCCCGACCCGGCUGAUCUGGCUCUGUCCAGCGUUCCGGGUCAGGAGAUGUUUGACCCACGCAAGCGCAAGUUCAGCAUGGAGGAGCUGAAACCUCAACCCAUGAUCAAAAAAGCACGCAAAGUCUUCAUCCCUGAAGACCUGAAGGAUGAUAAGUACUGGGCUCGUCGUCGGAAGAACAACAUGGCUGCGAAGCGUUCCCGGGACGCGCGACGCCUCAAAGAGAACCAGAUCGCCAUCCGGGCCGCUUUCCUAGAGAAAGAGAACACGGCGCUCCGGCAGGAAGUGGCCGAGCUUCGCAAGGAACUGGGACGCUGCCGGAACAUACUGGCCAAAUACGAGGCACGGCACGGCGCCCUGUGAACCCGCCCCCGACCUAUGACCUACCCUCAAGAACCACCCCCACCACCAUCAAUUUUUGCACCACCUUCUUCAAGGACUUUUGUGUGCCACGAUUAGAGCACUCACCUCCACCUCUCUCUCUCUCUCUCUCUCUCACUCGAUGUUUAGCAGUGUGUGACUAUCUGUCACCUUUAUCUUUUUCUUUCCUUUUUACACUUCUGAUUUUCACUGGAAUGUGGUGCUGUAUGCUCUCUCUCUCUCUCUCUCUCUCUCUCCCUCGCUUCUUUUGCUUCUCCUCAUGCUAACACACACACCAGCGUCUCUUUAUUUUGAUUCUGGCCGUCAUGCAUUGUCUCAGAGAGCAAUAACUCCAACACACUUUUUGGGAAAAGAACCAAGAAAGCAGUGCUAACAACUCCGUCAUCUGUUCACAGCAUAUUGUGUGUGUGUGUGUGUGUGUGUGAAAUAGAUUUAUAUGGAAACCGUGCGUUCACACUAGCUAGCAACGAAGCAGAUUUCCUGUGGAAGUUCGUGAGUUGCGAUUACGACGACAAUCAACAUAGUUACGAUUUUUAAUCAUUUAAUAAAAAUUAGCCAGGUAAUUCCACUUCCUGUUCCUGUUCCUGUGUUCGGUUGCUAUGGCGCUUAUUUCCAGGCUGUAUGUUGCACUAUUUAUUACAAACAGCUUAGCUAGCUGCUAGCCUAUUGUUUAUUGUUUAUUUUUUAAUGGCACACAGAUUCAAAUCUUACAGCUAAAAAUCGAUCGAAACAUCGUAAUGAUGCUAAGCUGCUCUGCCACUAGCAACAUGGAAAUAUACACUGCUGUUAGCUAUUUCUGUUUUCAUCAUGCUAGCCAGUUUAGCUAGUAUAAAUACUCAGCUGCUCUUUUAGCUCCACACUGUUGUUUAUUUCCUAGUGUUUAUUUGAGUUGACACCGUCGCGGUUCUGCUAGCUUCAGGAAACACUUUCAGGAAGCUGUUGUAAAAGUUUCCAUAACAGUGACAGUAACAGUAACAGUUUCCGGAGCAGAUCAAGCUAGCUUUAGCUCUAUUUUAGCAUGUUAGCAUAGAAGCUUCCCCUCAGAGCAAACAGCUAACGAACACACACGUGAACUCAUGCUAACCUGCCUCUCCUCUCUAUCUCCCUCUCUCUCUCUCUCUGUCUCUCUCUGUCUCUCUCUCUCUCUCUCUCUCCUCCUGCACUAAAGCGUCUGUCACAAUCCGAUCUCUGGGUGCAAGUUCUACUUCCUGAUCCAGGAAUCUGAUCUAUUUAUGGACUGGAUGUGUUUGUUUUUUAUGUUGCAGCUAUUAAUGAUUGAUGUUUAUUAUAUGGAUCUUUUUCUCCUCGUAAUGAUCUGCUUCGAUUUAGAUGCAUGAAGGUGAAGCUUCGCCAUUCUCCAGACUGCAAAACGCUACAUUAGCAACGUUUACAAUUCCAGAAUGGAACUAUUUAAGCGAGUGCAUGAUGCUAGCUCGCUCUUCACCAUUAUCAUCAUCAUCAUUGCAGGACCAUGAAGGAGAAAUAAAACGAGACAUGACAUCGUGUUCCUUUUUUAGAUAAAAUAUAAAUAAGCUAGCUGGCUAACUAGCGUAACACAAAAGGACAUGCUAGCUAAACUAUGAGCUAAAUCCCUAGUUAAUCAGAGCAGAUCUAUGCUAGCACUGAUGCUAGGACUAGCGCUGGAGCGGAUUACAGUCUGGAGAACGUGAUUUUUUUUUUCUCUUCCCUCCACCACAACACAUCUUUCCCUCUCUCGGUUUCCUGUGGAGUUUUUUUUCAGUUUCCUGUACAGAUGUGUGUAGUUUAUUUUCCUCUGGUAGCGUUCUCUCUCUCGCGUCUCUCCGCCACUGUGCUGAACGUAUGCCGGCGUUUUCCUCUUUAUUUCCUUUUGGUUUGUUUGUUGUUGUUGUUUUUUUCGUUAGAGACGGCUGGAUGAUGUUGUCUGUGAUUAGCAUGGCUAACGCAAUCAGUUUGUUUACUACAGACCAAAACGUGUGGCACACACACACACACACACACACACACACACACACACUAAUAACAGAGCUAUAUUGGUUAAAACAGAGAUGUUAAUGUUUCUACAGAAUAUUCUAGAGUUCUACGUUGGUGUUUUUGUACAGUAUUUUUCUUAUGGCGCAGUAACACAGGUUCCAGAGUCGUACUUUAAAACCGAGAAAUAAAACACGAUCUAUUUACACAAAUAUAUCUAGAAAUAAAGCUCUAUAUCUUCUGCUCAGAGGUAAGCUAGCGUUGCGUUUUGUGAGCCAAUCAGGGGACGAUAUUAAACUCUUCAAAGCGCAAAGUGGGAUUCUGCCUUUUUUUUUGUAAAAUUGUAAAGUGUGAUAAAAACAAGGUGUUAUAAAUAAAAGAAGUGAUUGAUUAUUGUGA